ACAUCCUAUGCCCAUGUUGACCCUCAAUAUCUUGGAGACUCUUUGGCUAUAGACGGAACUAUAGAGACGGUGGAUUUGAAAUUCGAUAAACACUCUCCACCACACGAACCAGCCAUUUUCAAAUCGCCUUUGAUAUUCUUGCAUGGGUUAUUUGGUUCUAGAUCAAAUAAUAGGACUGUUGCUAAACAGCUAGCUGUGACUUUAGACAGGGACGUCUACUGUCUUGACUUGCGUAACUUUGGUGAAUCGCCUCAUAUCAGCAGAUUGGAUUACCCUUCAUUAGCUGCUGAUGUAGAAAAGUUCAUUGUAGAUCAGAAAUUUCCCGAUUUUGCCAAACCCAUCUUGGUGGGCCAUUCUCUUGGAGCCAAAACUUCUAUGGCUGUAGCACUUCGUCGUCCAGAUUUGCCCAGGAUGAUUGUAGCAGUAGACAAUUCACCCGUGAUGGUUUCUGGUAACGACUCUACUGGAUCGUUUGGCAAAUACGUCAACCAACUUCGACUUGGUUUGGAAAAAUACAAGUACACAGACAUUAAGGAUCUUGACAAGCUCUUGGCCCAAGUCGAAUCUAACCAGACCGUGCGUCAAUUUUUGCUUACCAAUGUUAAAAGAGGAAGAAAGGAAGAUGUAAUCACCUCUAAGGUGCCUCUUGAUGUUAUCGGUAAAGCUAUUACUGCCGGAAACAUUGCCAGCUGGCCCUAUGAUCUGAAUAUUGUCAGGUGGACUGGAGGACCAGCAUUGUUUGUCAGAGGUACCAACUCACCAUAUGUUCCGGACGAAGUGAUUCCUGACAUCGGAAAGUAUUUCCCAGACUUCGAGGUUAGAGACGUGGAAGCUGGCCAUUGGUUGAUCAGUGAGAAUCCAAAGGCAUUCAUGGAGGUGUUGGUUGAAUUCAUAGAGAGAAAGGAAGACGAAGAGAUUUAA